UUGCUUCCUUUUUCGAUAGUGGUGUAUUGUUGCAGUGAUGAAUUGACACUGGAAGGAAUUAAGCAAUUUUUUGUGGCAGUGGAUCGCGAAGAAUGGAAAUUUGAUACACUCUGUGAUUUAUACGAUACGCUUACAAUCACCCAGGCAGUCAUCUUCGUAAAUACUCGUAGAAAGGUGGAAUGGAUGACAGAAAAACUGAAGGAAGCAAACUUCACGGUUUCGGCAAUUCAUGGUGAAAUGGAGCAGAAAGAGCGUGACGAAGUGAUGAAGCAGUUUCGCGGUGGUGCGAGGUAGCU